AUCACCAUCUGAUCCAUCUCUGGAGUUUCGAUCAGAUCUAUGAUGUAUUCGACCUACAUUGCUCUGAUCUGAUCAGUCAAGACACAACUCUAUAAGUUCAAAUUUUGAUUUGGUGAUUUUGAUUCAAUCUGUUUCAGUGUCAAGAGAUUGAAGUUCUGGUGCUUGGUGGUUGCAACGUUCUUGUGGAUCUAAGUGGUGGAAGUUUGGUAUUUUGUGAUUUAACGAAUAUUUGAAUCGAGAAAUUUGGGCGGUGUUUUUUGUAUAUAAUGAUGUUUGUGAUGUAUUAGAGAAAGGAAGUAGAGAUUCAAAUACAUACACUUGUUUGAUUUUGACGGUGCUGGAGAGAUAAGUAUGGCGUCUUCGAUUUCUGCCAUAAGUGAGGAGCUUGGGGAGAUUGACGGGCAGAUAGCUGAUAUUUUUCGAGCACUCUCAAAUGGAUUUCAAAAGUUCGAGAAGAUCAAAGACUCAAGUCGGCAGAGUAGGCAGUUGGAAGAGCUAACUGGCAAGAUGCGGGAAUGCAAGAGGCUUAUUAAAGAGUUUGAUAGAGAAGUCAAGGAUUUAGAACAUACAGUUGAUCCUGAUACCAGCAAGAUACUGAACGAGAAAAAGCAAUCAAUGGUCAAGGAGUUGAACUCCUAUGUUGCAUUGAAAAAGCAAUAUGCAAACAACAUUGAAAACAAACGAGUUGAGCUCUUUGAAGGGCCUGGUGAAGGAUUUCCAGAAGAUAAUGGCUUGCUAGCGUCAUCUAUGACAAAUCAGCAACUAAUGGACCAGGGUAAUCAAAUGAUGGAUGAAACUGACCAUGCUAUUGAACGUUCAAAAAAGGUUGUCCAUGACACGGUAAAUGUUGGAACUGAAACUGCCGCAGCACUCAAAGCACAGACUGAACAAAUGAGUAGAAUUGUUAAUGAACUUGACUCGAUCCAUUUUUCAAUCAAGAAGGCUUCUCAAUUGGUGAAGGAAAUUGGUAGGCAGGUUGCAACUGAUCGAUGCAUUAUGGCCUUGCUCUUCCUUAUUGUGGUUGGUGUCAUAUCAAUCAUUAUUGUGAAGCUUGUGCAUCCAAACAACAAAGACAUUCGGGAUAUCCCGGGAUUAGCCCCUCCGGCUCCUAGUCGAAAACUUCUAUGGAUCCUGGAUUAAGGACACGAGAAGCAUAAAGUUAAAGGUUGAAAUGGAUAUUGGUAAGCCUCUAUUUGAUUGAUUACAAGAACCAGACCAAACGAUCUGAUUUGGAUUACUUGGUGAUAAUGGUCUGUUAAGCAGAUUUCGUUUUGAAAGUUAUGGGCUUUUUGGAUGGAGGGAGACUGUAUACGCAUAUUUGCCAUUCUAUCUGGUUAUAUCUUGUAUAAGUAUAUUUGUGUAAUCUUGUACUAUUAUUGUUUUCUGAAUACACAGAGUGAGAAACCAAAUUACUAUUAUAACCAUGGUUACAAUGUGG